AUGCAACUCUCUGUUGCCGUAUUGGCUGCGGCUCUCAGCCAUGCUGUCGUUAGCACGGCUUCCACGCUCACCCCGCCAGUGCUCCCGUUGAUCGUGCGGAAUCCCUACCUGAGCACCUGGCAGGGAAAUGCUCGAGACGCUCCUUGGACAAAAUGGCCCAUGUUCUACACUGGAGAGGAACUUGGCCUCGCCUUGAUGGCCCACGUGCCCAGCCAGGGAACGGUUUAUCCUUUGGUUGGUAGGCCACAGGAUUCUUUGAACUCGAAUUCUGGAUCCCAAGUGAAAUACCCCGAAUACCUGGGACCCAAUUAUGACGCCUCCACAACCAACUUUACCUAUCGGAUUGACAUUGAUUCCAAGCCCCUCGACAUUACUGUCUCCUUCCUCUCGCCCAUCACGCCGACUUCGACUUUGCGACAGUCGAUUCCGGCUUCCUAUGUGACAAUCGACGUACAGGGCAAUGUCGAUGUCAAUGUCUAUAUGGAUAUCGAUGGGCGAUGGGUAAGUGGAGACGGAGGCAGUCGACUCAACUGGCAGUGGGACACGCUAGACGUCGAGGCCGAAAUGAGCAACAGCAAAAAGAGUUCUGGCCUGCAGAGAUGGCAGAUUCGCCGGGAUGCCGAGCUCGAUUUGUCUGAAAUCCGCGAUCGUGCCGAGUGGGGUACUCUCCACUUCACUGGACCCGACGAUGCAAAAUACGAGUCCGGAGAAGCAUCACAGGUGCGACGGCAAUUUGCCAAAAGCGGAGCCCUGAGUAACUCGAACGAUGGCCAAUUCCGAGCUAUUCGGGAUCGCUCGCCCGUCUUUGCAUUCUCCAAGUCGUUCAAGCUUGCCAAAUCCGAGCGGCCUUCGCAAAGUGUCACGUUUACCGUGGCUCUUAUCCAAUCCCCCGUCGUUCAGUAUGCCGCUGCUCGUGGAAUCACCAUGAUGCGGCCUCUUUGGGAAUCCUUUUUCCCAUCUACCGAGCAACUGCUUAUUUUCCACUACAACGACCAUGCUGCAGCGAGCGCCCUGGCAUUGAACUACUCUGAACAAUUGGCCAAGGACGCAUAUCUCUCGGGAGCGGAGGACUACGUCGAAAUUGUUGCCCUGACUGCCCGACAGGUGAUGGGUGCGACUCAAUUUUCGGGUACUCCAGACAACCCUAUCCUAUUCUUGAAGGAGAUUUCUUCCAACGGUAACUUCCAGACCAUCGACGUUAUCUUCCCGUCCUUCCCAUUCUUCCUGUACACCAACCCCCGCUGGUUGGCGUAUCUCCUGGAGCCAUUGAUCGAGCAUAUGCUCAGCGGACAAUACCCCAACACCUAUGCGAUGCACGAUCUGGGCUCACAUUUCCCCAAUGCCACUGGCCACCCUGACGGUAAUGAUGAGUAUAUGCCAGUGGAGGAAUGUGGUAAUAUCCUGAUCAUGGGUCUUGCGAUUGCCAACUCACUCCAGUACGAGGAUAGCUCUGAGGCUGCUUCUAUUUGGUCUACACAGGGUGAGCCGCGAUCAAAGUUCUCGACGCUGAAGUCGGGUCUAUUCCCUCUGGAUGAUCUGCAAGUCAUGUCCGGUAUUGGUUACCAGGACAGCAAAUGGGGCGGGGGUAUUGAAGGCAAGAGCCUUGCAAAGAAAUGGGUGCAGCGAAGCUACCGUCUUUGGAAGCAAUGGACCGGCUACUUGGUCGAAUUCUCCCUGGAACCCGCUAACCAGUUGUCCACUGAUGAUUUUGCUGGCUGGCUGGCCCUUCAAACCAAUCUUGCCCUGAAGGGCAUCGUCGGGAUCAACGCCAUGAGCAAGCUCUCCGAGCUGGUCGGCAAUGAGAAAGAUGCUUCCUACUUCAAGGAAACGGCCAACAAAUACAUCGCUAAAUGGGAAGAAUUCGGCAUGUCCCGUGAUGGUUCCCAUGCCAAACUUGCCUACGACUGGUACGGCUCCUGGACAACAAUCUACAACCUUUACGCCGACGCCCAACUAUGCUUCCACCUCGAAAACACAAACUCCUCCUCCAGUAACAAGGCCCCAGGCUUCGUGCCCCGCCACAUCUACCAAAAGCAAUCCAUCUGGUACCACUACGUGCGCCAAAAAUACGGUCUCCCCCUCGACAGCCGUCACCUCUACACAAAGACAGACUGGGAAUUCUUCUCGAUGGCCGUGGCAUCCAAGCCCGUGCGCACAGAGAUUCUCGAAUCCGUCGCGCGGUGGGUGAACGAAACCGUCACCGAUCGUCCAUUCACAGAUCUGCAUAAUACGGAGGGUGAUGGGAACUUCCCCGGACCGCAUUUCUUUGCUCGGCCCGUUAUUGGUGGGCAUUUUGCUUUUUUGGCGCUGGAGCGUGCAUGUGGGGGCAAGGCUAUGGCCGGGUUGAGCUUUUUGGAUGAGCUCGACGAGGGGACUUUGCAGGAAUGGGCUAAGGCUGCGGAAGUUGCGGCCAGUGAGUUUGGAAAGCCUUGGAAGUUGCAUCAUGGUGAUGAUGAGCUGUAA